GGAAGACACCUGUCAGGGACUAAGACCAUCUACUUGCUAUUCACUUUAGGGAUCGUUCCCAUGCUCUUCUAGCCUUCAGAAGGGAAAGAAUCUUGGAAAACAAGAAGUUUGGAUUGUAUUAUUUUCAGGGCAAAUAUUUCACCAGUUUCCCCUUUUAAGAGCCAAAAGGGGAGAAUCGCUAAACGAACAACUUUCGAGACGCUCCCUCACUCAGGACUCCAAAGGAGCAAGGCGUGGAGGCUAAGGACUACAUUUUCCAGGAUGCAUUGAACCUGACCCGGAAGUUUAAAUGCCUCUCACUUGCUGGGUGGAGUAACAUGCACAUUCUUUCUCUUCUGGUGGCUGACAGGACCAAUAUAUAGGCAGUGCCAAAGUGGUGACAGAGUUAGAAGAAAUUUUGGGAGAAACCAUUUUUGCCUUGGACGUGGAACAGCUGCUGGGCCCACCAUGGCACCUGUGAAGAUCAGCCAUGUGGUGUCAUUUUCCUCUCAGGAUCCUAAGUAUCCUGUGGCGAACCUACUGAACCCAGACAGUCAGAGGGGACCUUGGCUCAGCUGCCCUCAGGACAAAAGUGGGCAACUGAAAGUGGAACUGCAGUUGGAGAGAGCAGUGCCCAUUGGCUACAUUGAUGUUGGUAACUGUGGCUGUGCUUUCCUGCAAAUUGAUGUGGGUCGUUCUUCCUGGUCCCUGGACAGACCUUUCAUCACCCUGCUCCCUGCAACCAUGCUUAUGUCCCUAGCUGAUUCAAAGCAGGGGAAGAACCUCUCAGGGGUCCGCAUGUUUAAAGAUGAUGAUUUCCUGGCCCCAGCCUCAGGUGAGUCAUGGGAUCGACUUCGUCUCACCUGCUCCCAACCCUUCACACGUCAUCAGUCCUUUGGCCUGGCCUUCCUGCGGGUCCGUUCCUCUCUGGACUCCUUAGAUGAUCCCAUGACAGGCCCCUCAGCCCUCGUGAGCUCUGGGGUGAGCCAGGAGUCUUCUGAUGCUCAGGAGUCUGCUUCUAGCCCCUGGCUGGCUAAUCCUUCCAUCCGGAGGACCUUCUUCCCAGAUCCCCAGAAGAGCACAAAGGAAAUUUCAGAGCUCAAGAAUGUUCUAAAGCAGCUGCAGCCAGGAACUCUGGGGCGUUCAGCCCGCAUGGUGCUUUCAGCUGCCCGCAGGGUGCAGCCAGCCAGUGUGGCAGACCCAAGGAACAACCACACAGAGCAAAGUCACAGUCAUCCUGAUAGCUCAGAGCCCAGACCAGAGGAGCAAAACUCAGAGAAUGACAUGGGCAGGACGAAGAGACGGAAGGUCCAGGACCGAAGAUUUCUGUCUAACUCUCGGCCAGACGGGAGAGGGACAGCACGACAACAUCAACCCCAAACCCAAAGCAAUGGACAGAGGCGACAACACCAACCCCAAACCCAAAGCAAUGGACAGAGGCGACAACACCAACCGCAAACCCAAAGCAAUGGACAGAGGCGACAACAUCAACUCCAAACCCAAAGCAAUGAUGUCCAGGAUAGUGGACAAUGCCCCAUUUGUGCUGGCUCCUUUGCCAUUGAGAUUCUCCCCCUGCACGCUGCCACUUGUGGAGAGACCUUCCCAGCUCAUCCAGCCUCUCCCUGUUCAUCACCAUCUUCAUCCCAGUCUGUAGUGAGAUUUCACUGUAUGACACUAACACCAGCUCCCCUGGUCCCCAGGCCACAGCCUUACUGGUCUGAGAUCAUGAACAAAAAGCUGAAGUUCCCACCUCCACUCCUGGGUGCCAUCCAGGAGGGGCGGCUAGGCUUUGUGCAGCAGCUGCUGGAAUCAGGGUUGGAGGGCACAGGUGGCAGUGGGCCCCUGAGGAAUGUGGAGGAGUCCGAGGACCGCUCCUGGAGGGAAGCUCUCAACCUGACCAUCCGCCUGGGCCAUGAGGCCAUCACUGAUGUGCUUUUGGCCAAUGUCAAGUUUGACUUCAGGCAGAUCCAUGAAGCACUGCUAGUGGCAGUGGAUACAAACCAGCCAGCAGUGGUGCGUCGCCUGCUGGCCCGGUUGGAUCGGGAGAAGGGCCGCAAAGUAGACACUAGAUCUUUCUCACUGGCUUUCUUCGACUCAUCAAUCGAUGGUUCCCGCUUUGCGCCUGGUGUCACUCCACUCACCCUGGCCUGCCAGAAAGACCUGUAUGAGAUUGCACAGCUGCUCAUGGAUCAGGGCCACACCAUCGCCCGGCCCCACCCAGUCUCCUGUGCCUGCCUCGAGUGCAGCAACGCCCGCCGCUAUGACUUGCUGAAGUUCUCCCUGUCACGCAUCAACACCUACCGUGGUAUUGCCAGCAGGGCACACCUCUCACUGGCCAGUGAGGAUGCCAUGCUGGCUGCCUUCCAGCUCAGCCGUGAGCUCAGGCGCCUUGCCCGCAAGGAGCCAGAGUUUAAGCCUGAGUACAUUGCCCUGGAGUCGCUGAGCCAGGACUACGGCUUUGAGCUGCUGGGCAUGUGCCGGAACCAGAGCGAGGUCACUGCGGUGCUCAAUGACCUGGGCGAAGACAGCAAGACUGAGCCCGAGGCUGAGGGCCUGGGCCAGGCAUUUGAGGAGGGCAUCCCCAACCUGGCAAGGCUGCGACUGGCCGUCAACUACAACCAGAAGCGGUUUGUAGCACACCCCAUCUGCCAGCAAGUCCUGUCCUCCAUCUGGUGUGGGAACCUGGCUGGCUGGCGUGGAAGCACCACCAUCUGGAAGCUCUUUGUCUCUUUCCUCAUCUUCCUCACCAUGCCCUUUCUCUGCCUUGGCUACUGGCUGGCACCCAAGUCCCAGCUGGGCCGCCUGCUAAAGAUCCCAGUGCUGAAGUUUCUGCUGCACUCCGCCUCCUAUCUGUGGUUCCUCAUCUUCCUGCUAGGAGAGUCCCUGGUCAUGGAGACGCAGCUCAGCACCUUCCAUGGGCGCAGCCAGAGUGUCUGGGAGACUUCCCUACACAUGAUUUGGGUCACAGGCUUCCUCUGGUUUGAGUGUAAGGAGGUGUGGAUUGAGGGCCUGCGCAGUUACCUCCUGGAUUGGUGGAACUUCCUGGACAUGGUCAUCCUGUCCCUGUACCUAGCGGCCUUUGCACUGCGCCUCCUUCUGGCUGGGCUUGCCCACAUGCACUGCCAGGAGGCCCCAGAUGGGACUGCCUGCCACUAUUUCACUACCACUGAGAGAAGUGAGUGGCGCACCGAGGAUCCCCAGUUCUUGGCUGAGGUGCUCUUUGCUGUCACCAGCAUGCUCAGCUUCACCCGCCUGGCCUACAUUCUGCCAGCCCAUGAGUCACUGGGCACUCUGCAGAUUUCCAUUGGCAAGAUGAUCGACGACAUGAUCCGGUUCAUGUUCAUCCUCAUGAUCAUCCUGACUGCCUUCCUCUGUGGCCUCAACAACAUCUACGUGCCCUACCAGGAGACGGAGCGGCUGGGCAAUUUCAACGAGACAUUCCAGUUUCUGUUCUGGACCAUGUUUGGCAUGGAGGAGCACAGCGUGGUAGACAUGCCUCAGUUUCUGGUGCCUGAAUUCGUGGGCCGGGCCCUCUACGGCAUCUUUACCAUCGUCAUGGUCAUUGUGCUGCUCAACAUGCUUAUUGCCAUGAUCACCAACUCCUUCCAGAAGAUUGAGGAUGAUGCUGAUGUGGAGUGGAAGUUUGCUCGCUCCAAGCUCUACCUGUCCUACUUCAGAGAAGGCCUGACGCUGCCUGUGCCCUUCAACAUUCUGCCCUCCCCCAAGUCUGUCUUCUACCUUCUCAGGAGAAUUUUCCAGUUCAUUUGCUGUUGCUGCUCCUGCUGCAAAACCAACAAACCAGACUAUCCCCCAGUCCCCACCUUUGCCAAUCCUGGGGCAGGGACAGGACCUGGGGAGGGAGAACGAGGAUCCUACCGGCUUCGUGUUAUCAAGGCCCUGGUCCAGCGCUACAUAGAGACAGCCCGGCGUGAGUUUGAGGAGACUCGUCGGAAAGACCUGGGCAACAGACUUACAGAGCUGACGAAGACCGUAUCUCGACUGCAAAGUGAGGUAGCUGGUGUACGGUGGACUCUGGUGGAAGGAGGACCACCCCGGCCACCCGAUGGUGCCAGCAUCCUCAGUCGCUACAUCACCCGAGUGCGUAACAGCUUCCAAAACCUGGGGCCCCCCAUCUCUGAGACACCAGAGCUAACAUUGCCAGGGGUUGUAGAAGCUCAAGCAACUUUAGAAACUGGGCCUCAGAAUGCUGGAGGGGCUAGGACUCCAGCUUCUGGAGAGUCUGGCCCCUCUUCCCCAGCUCAAGUGCUAGUGCAUAGGGAACAGGAAGCAGAGGGGGCUGGGGACCUGCUCCACGAGGAGAGCUUGGGGACCAAGGGAGAGUCCUAGGUA